GUAGGAAACUUGUUUAAACAAUUCUCCAAUGCAUAGUCUGUCGAAGAGAGGAGUCAUCACAGCUCCCUAGACACAAGAUGAGAGUGUCUGUAACAUUUCUCGUGCUUUUGGCGGGCGUCCUCGCCUGUAAUGGCAACGACUACCAAGGGCACAAGCUUUAUCGUGUGGUCCCACGUGACCAAGCGCAAGUGGAUUUCCUUGACGACCUUCUCAAGACAGAUGGAGAGCUCGACUUCUGGGCAUUUCCAGUUGCGCCAAUGAAGAAUGUCGAUAUCCACGUGUCCCCCGAUAAACGCCAGGCCUUUGAGGAGCUCCUGGAGGCCUCUGAUAUGGAAUUCAAGAUUGUUGUCCAAGACUUCAGUAGCAUGCUCGCGCAAGAGAAGGUUUCCGCCAGAUCUGGAGGCUUCGAUUCGGAUUAUCAUAGCUUGAGUGAGAUUCAUGCAGAAAUCCUCGCACUGGCUAAGGCCUACAGCUCAGUGGCGUCUAAUUUCAGUCUUGGGAAGUCUUACGAGAACCGGGAUCAGUUGGCGAUAAAGAUCAACAAAGGAGGAUCCAAGAAAAAUCUGUUUUUCUUCAACUGUGGCAUUCACGCCCGAGAGUGGAUCAGUCCCGCGACUUGCAUGUAUAUGAUCCGAAAGAUCCUGGAAACGGGCGACUCUGAUAGCGACGUAACGGACAUGCUGGACAACUACGAAUGGGUUAUUUUACCGGUUCUUAAUGUGGACGGCUAUGAGUACACGCGCACUAAGGACCGUAUGUGGCGUAAAACGCGCACACCUGGAACUAAAUGCGUAGGCGUGGACCCCAACAGGAAUUUUAACUACCGCUUUGGAGUUACUGGUACGUCGAACAAUGAAUGCAGUCAAAUUUACCGGGGGAAGCAGGCCUUUUCAGAGAAAGUCACGUACAACGUGGCCAAAUUCCUCUACGAGAACCGUCAUCGCCUGAAGGGAUAUAUCGACUUCCAUGCGUACAGCCAAAUGUUCCUCAGUCCAUGGGGAUACACCGAUGCCAAACCCAGUAACUACACAGAGCAUAUGAAAGCGAUGACAGCUGCUGUAAAUGCGCUUCAGGCUGUGCACGGAACACGCUACGUUUUCGGGCCUGCAUCCACCACAAUCUACCCCACCGCUGGUGACACGACUGACUGGACGUAUGGUGUUCUUGGGUGUGUACAUUCAUACUGCGUUGAGUUGCGACCAACAGGAAAUCCUCCUGGAUUUAUCCUGCCACCCGCCCAGAUCAUACCUACUGGCCAGGAAACAUUUGCUGCUUUGAAAGCUCUCGUUAGAAACAUGUAGACAUUUCCGAAGAGAAGGAAUAAAUUACUAGUGUACUGGCUGUUUGUUUGCUGUUGAAAGCUCUUGUUAGAAACAUGUAGACAUUUCCGAAGAGAAGGAAUAAAUUACUAGUGUACUGGC